AUGUCUUUUUCAUUAAAAUUGAUUCUUAAAAUAACCUUUCAAGAUGUAAUUAUUAAUUCAUAGAUAGAACAUAAUUUAGUAUGUAAGUAAGUAAAACACCUUUAAAGUAGUUUUGAUCUUAUUUAUUUCUUUUUUCAUUCAAAUAAUAAUUUAAAAUAAUUUCAUUCUUAUAUAAAAGAUGCCGAAAAUAAAAGCUUCAUAAGCAGAAAUACUAUCACCUAUGUAGGACAAGACACUCGAUAUAAUAACAAAUAAUAAUUAUAAAAAUAAAGAGGAAUAAAAAACUAAAUAAACAGAAUAACAAUAAGCAAUAGCUUAAACAUAAUAAUCAGCAUGAUGACAUUUGUCUCUUUGGGAAAGUGCUGA